AAAGGUAUGUAUGGUCAUGAAUGCAAUGAAACAUGUGGACACUGUAAUGUAGACCGAUGUUCUCCGAUCAACGGAACAUGCUUAACUGGAUGCGAUGCUGGUUAUCAGGGAGAAUUUUGCAUCACCAAGUUUGGCAAAGGAAUGUAUGGUGAUGGCUGCAAUGAAACAUGUGGACACCGUCGUGAUGUAAACAAGUGUUCCAAUAUCAAUGGAACAUGUUUAACCGGAUGCAGUGUUGGUUAUCGGGGAUACUUGUGUAAAACAGAGUGUGGCAAAGGUACGUUUGGUGAUGGCUGUAAUGAAACAUGUGGACACUGUAGUGACGUAAAUCAAUGUUCCAAUAUCAACGGGAUAUGUUUGACUGGUUGUGAUGCUGGUUAUCAAGGGGAAAUGUGCAAUGCAGCAUGUGACAAAGGUACGUAUGGUGAUGGCUGCAAUGAAGCAUGUGGACACUGUCGUGACGUUAACCAGUGUUCCAAUAUUAACGGGACAUGUUUAACUGGAUGUGCUGUUGGUUAUCGGGGAUACUUGUGUAAAACAGAGUGUGGCAAAGGUACGUAUGGUGACGACUGCGAUGAAACAUGUGGACACUGUCUUGACGUACACCAGUGUUCCAAUAUCGAUGGUACAUGCUUAACUGGAUGCAGUGCUGGUUUUCAAGGGGAAAUGUGUAAUGCAGAUUGUGACAAAGGUAUGUAUGGUCAUGAAUGCAACGAAACAUGUGGACACUGUAAUGAAGACCGAUGUUCUCCGAUCAACGGAACAUGUUUAACUGGAUGUGAUGCUGGUUAUCAGGGAGAAUUUUGUACCAAGUGUGACAAAGGUACGUAUGGUGAUGACUGCAAUGAGACAUGUGGACACUGUCGUGACGUAAAGCAGUGUUCUAAUAUCAACGGGACAUGUUUGGCUGGUUGUGCUGUUGGUUAUCGGGGAUACUUGUGCAAAAAAGAGUGUGACAAAGGUACGUAUGGUGACGACUGCGAUGAAACAUGUGGACACUGUCUUGACGUACACCAGUGUUCCAAUAUCGAUGGUACAUGCUUAACUGGAUGCAGUGCUGGUUUUCAAGGGGAAAUGUGCAAUACAGAUUGUGACAAAGGUAUGUAUGGUCAUGAAUGCAACGAAACAUGUGGACACUGUAAUGAAGACCGAUGUUCUCCGAUCAACGGAACAUGUUUAACUGGAUGUGAUGCUGGUUAUCAGGGAGAAUUUUGUACCAGUGAGUUCAAUUAA